ACGCAAUUUUUCAUGUGACAAACAAAGACGAAAAACAAGCACAUGUUACGUCCUAAAUGCACGUGUGGUAACUAGUAACGGAACGGAAAAUUGAUUUUUUGGCAUUUCAAAUUAUUUUGCUUGAAUUGGUGUCGGUUGAUUUGGUUAUUUUGCAGGUUUUACUUAUUUUUAAUAUGGAUUUUAAUACCACAGGGGCAAUGCGAAGCCCUUUUUCGCCACGGGUGAGACAAUCAAUCUCUGGUCGAAGGCCUUUAGGUUUCUCCUCUGCAAAAAAGAAUCAAAGCAAAUUCAUGCAAUCGACGAACGAACAGCCCGGAGAUGUAAUUUAUAAAACUCCUAUGAGUACAAUAGAAACAUUUGGUAUGCCCCUGCCUGUUAUGGUCACAGAAGCUCUCACUUUUGCUAGUGGUGACAUCAGCGUGAGACUAUCCUCCUGCGGUUGGUGUUGGGUCGUGUCAGGCCGGAGAGUGCUCACGUGGGCCAGAUCAUCCACAUCCAACGGAACAGCCUCCCCCGCACCUGUGGGACCACUUGCAGCACGGGAACUCACCCUACCACAAACUGAUCUGUCUCAUAAGGCUGACUUGGUUACACUGUUCUAUGAGGAUGGUGCUCAGAUGCCGUCAUGCAUCGGCGUGUCUCCCGAAGGCGUGGUUCGGUAUUGGCCGUCAGUGGGCCAAGAGGGCGUUUAUGUAGACGUGACGUGUGAGUUAGCGGGACAGGAGUGCCAGCGGCUCGGCGAGGCGACGCGCGCUGGUCUCGUGCUCGCCACAACCACAUGCACCAUUGUGCUACUCAACCCUACUGAAGUUGAUGGUCGCGCAACGGUCUCCUGCUGCACUCUUCGUCCGCCGAGCGGUUGGCUUGGUGGUAUCGGCCGCCGCGUGUCCCUAUUAUUCUUCGGUUCGAUGCCAACUCAGGCAGAUACGCUGGUGGGCGCGGUGGUGGUGAGCCCGCGCUCGGGCGCGGUGGCGCUGGUGGCGCGCGGGCCGACGCUGCAGGUGUGGAGCGAGCACACGCUGCAGCAGCACCGCCUGCGCCGCGCGCUCGCCGACGCCGCCGCGCGCACGCACCUCGCGCCGCUCGCCAUAGCAGGCGACCUCAACAGCCUGGAGAUCUUGGCGCUGGACGUGCGAGCUGCGGGCGAUAACGCGCUGCUGUUGCUCGUCGCAAUCGUCAACGUCGCGAGGUCGCCGGAGAUGAGAUACGCUAUCGCGCAUAUAAGUGUAGAAGACCCGACUACUCCGCGCGUGACGUCUCUAGUGCCCAUCCGCAGCUUUUCGCAGGACACGGAGGAGGCGCCCCGGUUCGUGCCCUUCGGUCCAAAGGCCAUCCUCUACACGUCGAAGUAUAUCGCAGUCGUGUCAGCAACAGUGGCGAACGACAAGGUGGACUUCAUCGACGUGUCGUCGGAGAGCGACAAGAUCCUCGGCGCGGAGCUCUGCAACGGAGUGCCGCUUCUGUUCAGCAAGAAGCAUGGCGUGUUGGCGCUCACCACCACCGACAGCCUCGCGCCUACUCCAUCAUUAUGCGACAGCCCCAUGGGUUCACCAUGUCCUAGUGAUAUGUACGAAGGCAAUUUAUCGCUGUACGAGAUCGACCCACAUGAAGUGAGUGCGGUGACAACCGACGCGUGCGGCAAGAUGAAGACAGCGUUCCUGUUCCACCUGCGGCGCGACUCCGCCUCGUGCCGCGCGCUGCUGGACGCGCUGUUCCCGCCGGCGGCGCACGCGCACGCGGCGCCCGCGCCCGCGCCCGCCGCGGGCGCGGAGGAGCGCGACGUGGACGCCGUGCUGGACCGCACCGUCAUGAGGAUCGCCACGGAGAUGCUCGACGACAUACCCGCAGGGGAUCCCAGAUGGAAGCCGAGGGUGGGCGGUCUGCAGACCAACAUCGCUCUCGGCAGUUCGGCCGCGCUACAAAUAUCAGCACAAUUGAGAGACAAGCAGCGUGCUUUCUCACUGUUUAUUGAUUUUCUGCGAGCUACCGGACUGUGGCAACGACUGGGACUUGUAUCUAGAGAAUCUGGUGGAGAAGUGAUCAGCACGGAGUGUGCGUUGGGAGAGCUCGCUGAACAACUCACCAUCGCGCUGACGCUGAGGAGGCUGCAGCAAGGAACUGAUGCGCAGCUCAUCGAUACCGCCAUAUACCAGGUGGUGUGCGGCGAGCGGCAGGAGGUGGCGGAGGACCCAGAGGUGGAGGCGGCGCUGUCGUCGGGCGCGCUGUCGCCGGCGGACGCGUGCUACCGGCGCGUGACGCGCGCGGGCGCCGUGCUGCGCGCCGCCACGCACGCCGCGCACACGCUCGCGCUCGUCACGAACGUGCUAACAGAAGUGCACAAGUGCAGGUCGCAGUGGCACACGGAGCCGCCACCGCCGCAGCUCGGCCCGCGAGCGUUACUGCCUGCACUGGCCGAGUUACAGAAACGAGCGAUCACCGAGCAAGCCCGCGCGUGCCCCGAGCCGGCGCUGCGCUGGGAGGUGGUGGAGGGCGCGGCGGUGCUCGCCGACCUGCUGCUGUCGAGCGCCGCGCCGCUGCACCGCGACCCGCGCACCACGCAUCUCUACGAGCGCAUGCGCACUGAAGCCAUCAGGCCGUUUAUGGAGGAAGGUGAGUUAGAAAGAGCGGCGGUGCUGGCGGAGAAGUUCAAGGAUUUCGAGCUGUUGGUGGAGUUGUGCAUGAAGAACAACGACAUGGACCGCCUCUACACUUACAUAGACAAAUAUGCUAAUGAGGGCAUGGCGGAGGUAGCAUUCGCGUGGCUCGCGUCCCGCUCGGGCGCGCACGCGGCAGCUCUGGUGCGCGCGCCGAGCGGCGGCGCGGGCGCGGCGUGCGCGGCGGGCGCGGGGCGGCUGCGCGCGUGGCUGAGCGCGGCGGCCGGUCGCGCACCGCUGCACGCGCUGCACGAGCUCGCUGCACGUCGGCACGCGUCCGCCGCGCAUGCGCUCGCCGAACUCGCACACAACGAACUGCACUCCGUCGACAGGAUGACCACGAUGGCAUCUAUCGCCAAACUGUGCACACUGGCGUCAGACGAGAAUCAAACAUCAGACGUGAUGCGUAAAAUCGAGAAUUGCUUGUCACUGAGCGAGCAGCACGCCGCUCUGCCGCGCGAUAUCCGCAUACACUACGGACUCGACACCGAGGACACGAGGGUUGUACCCCCCGAGGAACUCGUCCAGAUGUACAUAGAAUCCGACAGUAAAUCUCUGACCGAAUACGACUACAAGAAGGCGCUCGACCUCACCGACUUCAUCCAGGACAUGGAGAGGAGAGAUGACCUCAGACUAAGGGUGUGGUGCGCGUGCGUGCGGCGCGACGAGUGGGCGUCGAGCCGCGCCGGCGCGCUCGCCGACCAGCUCCACGACAACAUGUUCUUCCGCCUCGUCGACCUCGUGCACGUCAUGGGUGGCGACCUAGAACUCCUGCUGCCGCCCCUGGAUGACAUCUUGACCGCGCCGGAGCUGGCCGAGCUGGUCUCCGACCCCAAGUUCCACUACAUGCUGAAGUACGGGUACGAGUGCAUCGACUACACGCGAAAUGACAACAUGGAUGAAUAACUCAUUGUAUUGAACCUUUAUUUAUUACUGUGGUUAAAUUUGUACUUUUUAUUAUGGGAACAUAGUUCUCACUAAAAAUAUCUGAAACGGUUCUUGAGUGAUAUAAUUUUUUUGGUACAAACUCGGUGACGUAAGAGCAAAGUGGUAUGACGGGCAAAAUACUAUGGACCGCGUACUCCAGGGGCAUCAAAAUGUUGAUAUUUGCCAUGUCUUUUUUGUGUAUUGAGAUAUAAAAAAAAAUCUACGUAAAAAUCAAUAUAACAUAAAUAUUCGUGUACCAUAAAGUCGAAACAUUAGGUGUUAUUAUAUUAGUUACCAAGCAAUGCAAGACACAAAUACAUGUAAGGUAUUAGAUUUUGAUAUAAAAGAUCACAAAAAUAUAAAAAUAAUACGUCCGGAUGAGUAAUUGAUAGAUGAAGCGCCGCCCGCGCCGCCGCCCGCGGGGAGGUGUAGUCGGUGUCGGUGCCCGACACACGCGCACGGGAUUUUUAUUCACUUGAUUGUCUAUUAGUUACAGAACAGUACAAGGUACAGGAUAAUUUGUUAUAAAGUAAUAUGAACAACAAUAUUUCAGAGCAGGUGUAGUUCGUAAAAAAACUUGCGUCUUAUGAAUACAGAAUUGGCAAUAAUCAUCACGGAAAAUCAAUUAAAUAUAGAGACAGUCAAAUCAUUUUUGAUUAUAAUUUUAUUAUGAUAGCAGUAUUUUCUAAAAAACUUGAUACGAAAAUAUAAAAAUAAAAAAAGAAUUUGACUUUUACAUCUUACAAAAAUUAUAUUUUUAAUCUUAUGGUCAAAUUAACUUUUGCAACAUUCUGUAAAAUAACUCAAAGAUACAUUAUGGCAUUUGUUUGAUUUAAUAUUUAACAACCCAUUAAGGGAAACAUAUUCGAAAAGCUUAUGAGUUUACCUUCAGAGGUGUUAAUGGAUUGAUAUAAAGAUCUGUUUAUUCCAUAAAUAAGUUAGGAGUCUGGAGAAGGUCAAGGAAAAGAUUGGCCAAGUAUUGAACUAACUGACCGUUUUCGAAAGGUUAAUUUGAUACUAAUUACAACGCUGGCACGAAGGCUUAUGGCCAGCGAAUAAAGUGAUUAAAUAAAAACUAGUAAUGGACACUUGUAAUUCCCUGAAAGCGAAGACUAAGUAAAUGAGGGAACGGAUCAUUUGAAAAUCAAAUACGUUAUUACAACUACGUGCACGUACCGCGGGUCGGGGUGACGCAAAUGCACGAAAAGCCGCGACCGUCUUCGCGGUUCGACUCACGGACUUUAAAUCUUAAUGUUCGUUUAUUAUAAAGAGUUUUGUUUGCUUUUUCGACAAAUGUUUUUCUUUCAUUUAUAUUCAUUUCAAAUCGUACCAAUACUUUUAAGUGUCAGGUUAAAGCGAAAUUGUUUCUCAAACAAGAUUUCACGAUCUCAGUAAAUCAUUCAUGUGAUUUAAUACAUUUCGUAUCUGACUCUCAAAAGAAUUGUUGUACUUCAUUUUUUUUUUUUUAAUAAUUGGAAUAAGUUUUGGUAGGGUUUGUGUCAUGUAAGUACCACAUACGCUGAAUAGUUAAGAUCUAUUUUACUUUAAUAUUAAUGCAAAAGUUUGUGGAAAUAACCGUUAAACAGAUUUGGACUAUAUACGCCAUACAAGUGGUAGUAGGAUAUGUCUUAUAUCCGCCCGGAUAGCGACCACCAUACACAACGUGUUAUUAACCCGCCGUUGAGGUCCACGUCAGUGUCGCGUUCCGGGAUCAGCCUGGGAUAUAUUCGGUGCCAACAGGCGGGCAUAAUUGUGUCGAUUGCCGAGGGGUAAUCACCUCUCGUCAGUCGACAUUCUAUUGCACCCCACAUCACUAAACCGUCAGGUGAAGGGGAGCCACUUUGCGGUGCAAGUAUAAAAAAAAUAUAUUUUUAAAUUGGAAAAUUUCGCUGUCAUAUUUUUAUUUCGGGAGAACUUUCACGCUGACAAAUAUCUUUAAAUGCUGUUACCUGCAUGACACAACACCCUAUACUAGUGAAGUAAGCGUUUAGUCGAUAAGCACGAUAAUUCCACGACAUCUGAAUUAUCCCCCGCGUACUGUAUGAUAUUUGAAUCGUUGGAUUUUGAACUCAAGCUGAAAUCAAACAGAAGUAAUAUGUCUCUUCACUACUUUGUUCUUGGUGGCCUUAUCUAUUUUCUCCGUCAAGUAACAGUACAAGAUGGUAUGGUGUUCUAGUUAAAAUGGUACUGUUGCCAGUAUAAUACUUCAUAACUUAGGUUCUGGCAUUUAGAGAUAGUCAAUUAGGCAUUUAACAUUCAUUUUUCCAUAUGGAGUAUAGUCCAUUGCAAUUAAUAGUUGUAGGUUGUCACUGUUUGAUCGGUCGUUGUGCUAUAAUCACCUUCCAAUAGUCACCUUAUCUAAACAAGUUUAUACACCCAGAUUUAAAAUAAAUUGUAAAAUAUGCGAGCUGUCAAUCUUCUCGUGUCUAAUGCUGGAUAUUGUUUAAAUAAUGUAAUAAACGUAAUAUUUGUGUGUUUCUUUUAAAUUUAGCCACACACAGCCGCGCAGGGGCGGUGACGGGACUGUGUGAGCUUGUAUGAAAGGUGUUUAUGUUGUAUUAUGAAAUUUUGGGGUAAUAGCUAAGACUAAACACACUUUAAUCUGUUAUAAUAUAAUAUUAAGGACUCGGCUUGCAUCAUCAUGAGGGUAUCAAAAAUCUUCAAAAAUUGCGUUACCUAAUAUUUGAACGGCGCCUUAGCUCGAUGUUUGUCCCUGACACGGCUCGGACACGGCGCGGCUGUGCUCAUAACUCGCCGACGCGCUAAGUGUAAUAUAUACAUUUUCCCGCGUCCUUGACAUAGUUAUGUUAUGAAGAACGUACUUAUGAGUUCCAUUUGGUCACUCGCAAAUCUUUUCACACGUACAAUUAGGGUUGCCAGUUAUAAUAUUAAUAUAGGGAGAUAAUUUAAAUAUAAAAACAGCGGUAAAAUCCAAAACUUAUUUAUUUUGAUGUCUAACCUUUUUGCUGUAUUUCUGUUUAUUCUGUUUUUGAAUUUAAAUAAUAAGUACUAUUAUGAGUGAGUCUCAUUCAAUCUUUGCUCAACGCUUAUCUAACUAUAUUGAAAUAGUGUACAGAACACAGACUAGAAGUUUCAUGAAAUUAAUAAAAUCUAAAUUAAUUUGGUUGUGUAGGUAAAGGACUAUUUAAGUAUUCUUCACUGGUGUUUUGUAUCUUUACAUACGAUUCAUCAUCGAUGUGUAAUUAUUGUGUGGUAAAUAAAUAAUUGGACAAUAUUAACCCACGAGUUAAUAAUACAAUAUAACGGUACAUUAACAAUCAUAGUUAAUUUUGUAGCCACCAAACAAAGAAUAAGAACACACACUAUUUCCUUAAUACUGUGGUAUGAAAUGAGAAUCCGCUCGUCACUUUGAAACAUUAAAGAUUAAAUUUCAGCGCACAGCAACAACACAAACACAUUGCUGCUUGUUGUUAGAAGUAAAUAAACCGGGGAAUCUUUUCUAAAAGACUGUAUACGAAGAAGCUAUCGCCUUAAUCAAAUGUUAAAUAUUUUUGGAAUAAAAAAAUAUUUUAUCGUGGUCGAAAUUGGCAACCCUACAACCACUCUCAUCCGUCACUUGGUUUAUUUUCCUAGUUCCUUCGUAUGAUCUCUUUUAGUACAAUCGUUAUUGUUUAACAUGACACCGUUUUUAGUUGGCCCUUUUUAGAAAUUGCCUCAUUGAUCUAGCGACUGCUGAGAGCAUGUUGUGUUGGAUUUAUUAUUUAUUUAAUUUGGACAACCAACAAAACAUACACCAUACAUACAUAUUUAUUUGUUACCUUUCCAGGUUUAGCAAAAUCAUUCAUGUCAAUUGCACCUUUUUCGCGAAAUUUGAUUUACUUUAUUUACUUAUAAUGUUGAUUCCAACAAGCAAUAAUACCAUAGACCUGUGUUGUAUAAGUACUUAGAAAUCUUGCCACUUGAAGGAAAGCGUGUCAGUACAUGAUUUAUAUCAAACGAUUCAAAUAUAGCAUAAAGUAUCGCAAAAAACUGAAACUCACCAUUCGAUGAUGUGACGUCAGACUGAUUUAGAUGUAAGUUACAGGAUACUGAAUCAUUAUGGAUUAUGUUGUAAUGUGGACACUUUGAUUAUACAUUCAUAUGGGGUAUCUAAUAUUACUAUAUAUUGGCUCGGUUUGCUGAGUUUUGUUGGCGACCACGUGGUUUAAACGGAAUUUUUGCAGCAAAAAUAAUAAAAAUUUAACCAUAUUUAAUCACUGACCAUUAUUUACCUCAUGCCUCUUUGGCAUAAAAACAUGAAGCCAAUUUCAAAUGAUUAUGUAAGAGAAGUUACUUUCAAUGAAGUUAAGAAAUAUUAUAUUUACUAAUAAUAAUAAUUGGCAGUGCGCUUUGCCGUAGCUGCCUUUGAUUUACACUAGACUUGUAUAAUCAAAGUUGUGAGAAUGGGAGAUGCCUUUGAUAUUUCGUUUCAUUAAACCAAACUAGCUUUCAGUUCACGUAGGUUACUGUAAUAAUUUAACAUCGUGUUUUGUUUGUUGAUUUGAAUUACAAUAAAUAAUUUUGAAAUAAAA